CACAUCCAUGCGCUCCCUAGGUUUGAAAACGAUUGUUACGCUAGUUAUGCUAUUACUACUAGAAGUCCACCAUCGCUAAAGGACCCCAAGACUCUCGGGGCUGAAGUUAGAAAAUGGCAAGCCUCCGACCAGACUUGAUCGUUUCUUCCUCGGCGGGCAACACUACCAUUCAUCUAAGAUGACGAACAGGCCUCCCCCGUCGGUAUACAGACAGAGGGACAGAAGAGACCACCGGUGUUUCCGAAGGCGGACAUUCUCGAGAUGCGUCCGGAAAAUGAACCGCGAUGAGACAUGAAAAGCUAAAACCCUCCGCAGCCCGUCAGGACUCUCCGGUCCGGAGUGAAGUAUAUGAAAUCAUAAAACAUCACAGCGGCAUGAUAUUCCAGUCCCCAAAGUCUACUGACAGCCCACAAAAACGCGUGCCGAGUUUGAUCCGGCUCGAGGCAGCCAGCAGAAGAAUAAUGGCGUAUUGCUUUUGCAACCAUUAUUGAAUAGAAGUAGUAAUGAUAAAGUCUGGAAAGAAGGGGGGGGCGGCAUGCUGAAUGACCACCAUUAGUGACAUGAUCUAUCUAUGACUGAUCCAAACAUCAUGAUCAUUAUUGCUGGGCCGAUCGAUUGACAAAGAGACUGUUGACUGUAUGUCAUUCAAUGUUCAAUCCGAGAUUGCAUACAAUGGAUGAUGAACGACUCGAAGAGGGAAGAACAGAUAUGAUCAUCGGCAUUCGUCACCCUGUUUUCCAAUCCGACUUCUCCUCCAUUUCACGGGUCGCGCGCCAGCAGGAGCCCAGUAAACCAAGUAAAGUACUUUCCAACCGUGCUGGGUCUAGCGUAAUUUUUACUCGCACCUAA